AUGGUUACCGAGCAUCUCGAUAUCAGAGAAAGGUCCAUCAAAUCAAGCUCGUCAGAUGAUCAAAAAAAUAUUUCAUCGCCCAUGGUUUGGAUGGUUCUUCGUGUACGCAUUUAUGCUCUUUUGCUUCUUUGCGAGUCGAUGCGUUACUCUCAAGACAUUGGCAAUGAUGUCACUUUCAUCGCGCAAUUAAAACCUCAGAUGAAUUCAAGAAUUGUGCGAGUUGUCACAUACUCUGCAACGUUCACAGUAUCGUGGAGUCUCUUCGUUGCUGUAGUUGCACCUGUUGCUGCCGACUUGUUACUUAUACUAAACCAACAAAUGCGCUUUACUUUUGAACUCUUGGGUACAGCAAUAAGGGAAAGACGGGAUCUCAGUCAAGUUCCAAUGUCGCCCGAAGAUCUUUAUCGAUGUUACGUGGUUGCUGCCUUUUUGUUUAUUAAUGCUACGAUAUUUGCGCUUGUAAGAACGAUGGCGAGUUGGACGGACCUCAGUUCCUGGACUCCGAUACACCUGAUGGCAAAUCCUGCCAGUGGUGUCACACGAAAUACUACAUGGAAUUUCAUCAAUCGGUCAGAAUACAAUGAAAUUCCUCUUGAAGAAGGCAUGAUUUCGCAAGACCAAAAUGUCGGUUUGAUGAAUAAACAUCCUGCUCACGAGAUGAUUCAAAUCUCGGCUUUCCUCGUUUGUCUCGUUGUCGUGUCAAUAGGUCUUGUCGUAGUGUGCUGUGAGUGCUCGCCUUUAAUGGCUUUCUCGGCGCUUAACGUUACGCUAAAUGAGCUGUUUGGGCAGGCUCUUCAGCCGCCCCAGGCACUUUCUACAUUCGCUGAUGCAAACAACCGGCCACUGAUAGAAAAUUAUAUUCACCCCACCGAAAAAUAUGAGGUGUUUGGAAACGACACCCUCUACCGACUUACUACAGGAUAUCGUGGGGAGCUUGCGUUUGACGUUGAAAUAUCGAAAGACAGUCCUCCGAACGUUCUUCUUAUCAGCGUUGAAUCUUUUCGCUUUCGAGAUUCACGAUACUUUGUCGGACAAAACGACCCCUCUCAAUUGUUCAAGAAAACUAAUCUUACCGUUACGCCGAACUUUGACAGGUGGGCAAAGCGUGGCGUGGCUAUUCGAAAUUUUUGGACGAGCAAUCCUACAAGUCGCUCUAUUGAGAGCGUGUUGUUUGGGCAGAUACCGUAUGAUAAUGCCGUAAGAACUGGUCUCACUGACGGCAAACCGGGCACAAAGCUUUCUGGCUUACCUCAGUUGUUUAAAGCUAAGGGAUACGAAACUUUUUUCACAACCGGAUCAACCAUUGCCCAUGACAAUUGGGAUAAAUUCCUUCCGUCCCACGGGUUUGAUUCAGUUUGGAAUUACAAUCACAUCAAGAAGCUGGCUAAAAAAAAUCUAAAUAUCACUAGCAAGGACUGGAAAGGCAACUCCCAUCGAGGGUUUCAUUGGGGGGCUCAUGACGACGUGAGUUUUAAAAUUCUUGGGGACUUACUCGUCAACAAGAUUGCCACGCAAAAGGAACGCGAGCAGAAAGGUAACCCAAAGAAGCCGCUUUUUAUCACGCAUUGUACCAUCACCACCCAUUGGCCCUUCGAUUCAGUGCCAAAGUGGUUUACAGAAUCGAAGAAACCUGACUUUUCUUCCUUGUACAAGGGAGAAAAAAAUUCAGCCAGACUUCAGAGGUAUCUCGAAGCUCGAUAUUUUACCGACAUGGAAUUGGGAAAGUUUCUGGACCGCAUGGAUCGAAAGGGUAUCUUAAAUGACACUAUAGUGGUCAUUUAUGGCGAUCAUGGCCAAUCCCCUGAAAAUGACAUAAUCUACACUGACGAAGAAGCCCUCACACGAGUACCCGGCCUCAUUCUUGCAGAGGGACGUCUUGGAAAGUACGCGGGUCUAAAGAUUGAAGACGUUGCAGAGCACUAUGAUAUCCUGAAUACUUUGGCGGAUAUUACAGGGUUGCCUGAAGGAGGAUUCGUCCAGGAUGGCGUUGGUCGCUCUUUAAAGCGCAAAGUUCCUUUCGGCGAGCGUGUAGUCUUCAGUAACGUCCCCGGUCACAAAAUGUCCGUGGUGCGCGGCAAUUACCGUUUGAGCUACGAUGGGAUUACUGAUGCAAUGUUUCUGCACAAUACCGAGUCUGAUCAUUCGCUGAGCACCAAUUUAGUUCCCGACUUAUUGCCUGAAGAACUGGCAGACUGGAAAGCUUGGCGGGAGAAGGGACGUUAUAUCUCGUCAUAUUAUAAGACACGAUGGGAAAAAAACUGCUUGCUUGCUGUCGAUUGUGAUGAAUGA